GGCAAGAGAGAGAGAGAGAGAGAGCGGACAGUUAAUUUGUGAUGAUCGAAUCCUUUCUUCAUUAGGGAGCACGACGGGGUCCAGUAGAAAAGAAAGAUUUCGAAAUAUAAAGUACAAACCACCCUUUCCAUUUUUCUCGUCGUCCUGUCCUGUGUGUGUGUGAGUGAGCAAUUGUGCCAAUCUGAGUACACAUUCGGCACUGUCUGUCUCUCGGUAUUUAAAAAGGCCCCACUGUCCUUGCACCAAAUCGAAAUCAACUCUCUCCCUCUCUUUCUCUCUCUCUUCCCUUCCUUGUCGAGAAUUCCGAAAAUGAUGUCCACCGCUUUCGCGACCCUUGUCACUCUUUUCCUUGCCAUUGCUGGUGUCUUUGCCCAGGACGCCCCCUUCUACACCACCUACCCUGUCGAGGGCACUCAGCUCGAAGCUGGCCAAGACAUCACCGUCACCUGGCUCAACGGUCUUGAUCAGGAUGUCACCGUGAGAUUGCUUGAAGGUACCAACACCAACAACUUGAGCCCCACCGGUGUUGAAUUCACUGUCGACGGCAGCUCUGGAUCGUACGACUGGACGGUCCCAGCCAGCGUUGAUGCCAGCGGAACCUAUGCUCUCCAGUACAUUUACACCUCCGAUGAAGGCUCGACCGAGUACAACUACUCUGGUGGCUUUAGCAUUGGUGGUGGUUCCGCUUCGUCUUCCCCCGCCUCUUCCCCAGCCGCCUCUUCUUCAGUCGCCGCUUCGUCAUCUGCCGCUCCCUCGUCCGCCUCUGCCUCUGCCUCUGCCUCUGCUUCCGCUUCGCAGGAGUCCUCGAGCUCUGUCUCCCCCUCAUCCUCUGCCGAAGAGACCCAGAACGCCACCGAGACUGCCGAGCCCGAAGAGGAGGACGCUGAAAAUGCUGCUGUGAUGGGUGCCAAGUGGACCGCUGUUGCCAUGGUUGCACCAGCCCUUAUUGCUGCCGUUUUGGUCGCUUAGAUGGAAACCCACACACUACUUUUCAAAUCUUCUUCUUCUUCUUUAACCUGCAACGAAUAAGCAUCCUACUUUUUUGUUCUAAUCUAUACUAUAUAAUAAAACCUAUAU